UGCCACGCGGGAGGCCCGGGUUCGAUUCCCGGCCAAUGCAACAUUAAUUUUUCCUGCUUAAAAAAAAGGAACGUUGUUUUUAUGAAAUAAGAAGCUGCUUGUGCCCCCUUUGCCUUCUCUCUCCUCCUCCAGUAUCACAACAUAUACAGAGAGAUAUAGAGUGAGAGGAGAGGCCUCAGCACCGUGCUCUGUUGGGAGGAGGACGCCGGGGUCCUGGUGGUGAAGUCGGGCGAGGAGGAAGCGUCAGCAAGCAGAGGCCUCCUCGUGCAGGAGAACUGAGGAGGCCUCGUCGCAUAGCUGUGCCGGCAGGACGAGGCGGAGGGGGCUGAAGAGGACACGAUGGAAGUGAAAGAUGGAAAUGCAGCCCUUCUCAGCAAUUACGAGGUCUACAAGUUGCUGACUGAUCUUAAGCAGCAGCGCCGGGAGACUGGAAAAAGCAAACAGAGUUCUGGCCAGCAGAAUCUGAACACUAUCAUGUAUGAAACACUAAAGUACAUAUCUAAAACUCCAUGUAAAUUCCAGAGUCCUGAGAUUGUAACAGAUUUUCUCAUAGCACUGAAAAACCACAAGUUAACAAAAGCAGAAAAGUUACAGCUUCUCAACCACAGGCCUGUGACUGCAGUUGAGAUCCAGCUGAUAGUAGAGGAAAGUGAAGAGAGGCUAACAGAAGAGCAAAUCGAAUCUCUGCUCCAGACCGUCACAAGCAUCCUUCCGGGAGAUCCGGAGCAAGAGGAACAGCGGCAGUCUGCCAUGGCCGUGGAGGAAGAAGGAGAUCGGGAAUAGAGCGGCGUCUCCUUGACCAAAAUGAGCAUUCUUUCCCAAAUCUAAGAACCAACUGCCUGUUUCACUUGCAGCAAGGAUCUGGCAACCCCCCCCCCCCCUCCGCCGCCAUGAUAGACUUAAAUACAAACCCCUGUUGAAUUGUUCUUACGUCACCGCAGCAGGCGUUGUUUUCAACAUACAUUUUUAAAAAUUUG